AGUUUUUAAACGGGUUUCUGUUUUUUUAAUUCCAGUAUUUUGAGUCAUUUUUAUCCUUCUCGUCUUGCUUUAGUUUGCUGGCAUUUGGUUAGGACGAUAAGGCGUUGUGUUUUUGGCAUCAAGCAUGUCGACGACUCCUGAAGACAACGAGGAUUAUUCUGCUAGACUGCUCACGGCAUGGCAGCCACUUUUGGAGCGAAUGAAUGCCGGGUGCUCUGCACCGCCUGCCUAUGAACAUCUCGCGGCUGCUACGAGCGCUGUAAACGAGGUAGCAAAGGCGUUGGUGAAGAAGCCAGAGUUGAGAGUGCAGAUAGGGUCAACACCGGGAAUAUGGCCUUCCCUACGCAACGCCUUUAUAUUCUCUCGAAAUCAUUUAUUCUGUGUUUACGGAGUCGGCAAACAGGGUGUAGCGUGUCCUACUCGUGCAGAACGGGCGGUUGACCUUGCUGCCGCCCACUUCCAGCUGGUUAGGAACCUCUGUGCACAGGUCCAAUCUAACCAGAAGGACGCAUGGGAGCAAGGCCUUUAUGAACCUGCGGAGGAAAUCAUGUCGUAUCUGUGCAGUUGGCUCACAAGCACCAAAGAUUGCUGUACCAUGAUGAAGGAUAAAGUAUCCAAAUGCGUUAACAUGGGAACUCAAAUGCUUGCAAAUAUGAUGACGGGCAACCCAGAAGUACAGGAUAAGAUGUGGCCACGGUAUUUCCAAGAGGAUGCGGAUAUAUUCAAACAAUUGCUCUCAACAUGCGAUAUCCAUCGUGUCAUGUUUGUGCUCAUAUGCAUACAUAAUUGCAUACACAAAUGUCCCGAACGAUGCAAGUACAUGACACAAACCCCUCUCGGUCGUGACAUUCUGAAAUGCUUGCUUGCUAAAGCUCAGAAAAUGCUGCAGGAGGAAUGCUCCGCAUUUGAUUUCAUUUAUGCAAUCUUCAGUAACAUGAUUGAGCUUGACCUAACACCCAAUAUUAUGGACGCAAUAUGUGACGGAAUGGAUCCUCACCGCACGCGUAUUCUUAGUCAGUAUCACGUCACGUUUUUGCAGCUACUCGACGGAAUGCUGGAUGCACAAGCCAACCGCAGCGAUGAUCGUCCACCUAUUGAAAUCGGUAUCGACACGGCUAUCUUCUUUGUAGCUGUCACGAAAAAGCUCGUGCAUUCCAUAUCCCGUAAUGCCAAACAAGUGAAAGACAAUAUGCAAGCCACAGACGUGUUUGGUCUGGAUGUGGAUGGGCUAGUUCUAAUCUUGCAAUUUUUUGCAAGAGUGACCCCCGAGUUGGGUCCUGAUGCAAAAAUGAAGUUGGUCAAAGCGGGACUUGCAGACACGCUUUUGACUCUUCUUAACCUAGCUUCCAAAUUGUAUCCACGAAGUACACUUUCUAAGCGAUCCAGCUCUGAUGCAACUCCAGCAUCAAGCGUACCACCGCAAGGCUUUUUCAUGAUUAAAUCCGACACCGUAAAAGUUCUUGCAAAUCUAUGCUACGAGGCAAAGGAAGUUCAAGACGAGAUACGACGCAUCGGAGGUAUCCCAGUAAUUUUGAACGAAUGUCGAGUGGAUGACAACAACCCAUAUAUCAAAGAGCACGCUAUUCUCGCCAUUCGCAAUCUUUGCGAUGGUAACACUGAAAACCAGGAUCUUGUUGCAUCGCUAACCCCUCAAGGCAUUGCACCCGAGUCAGAACAAAUGCUUGAUGAGGCGGGAAUUCAGGCGAAAGUAGACGAUUCGGGCCGGGUUCGAGUUGGAAAAAAGGCUGAGGUGGAGGAAAUUUUGGCAAUGAAGGGUCUUUCAGUCUCUGAAGUGCAGCUGUAACCAGUGGGUUGUUUUCAUUUUGGUUCUUCUCAGAUUCCUGUAUCUAUUUUUUAAGUAGUUGUAAAAUCGGUGGAUCACUCUAAUUAUGGACUAUGUGUUGUUUUGCUUUGGGCCUAGCUAAUAUAGUAGUUUUUUGCAAUUUGGAAACUGCGUUCUACUUC